ACUGACAACUGAUGUAGACAAUUCGGACCUUUUGAAAACGGGCAAUUUCAACGUUUAAAUCUCGGAAAGGGGAUCCGACAAAAGGUUUCAUAAUCAAGAUUUGGGGGAAUUCCCUCCUUCAGCUUUUAUGGUUCUAAUAAUCUCCAAGUUUUUCGCGCGAAAGCAUGGAUCACGAUGGUCAAAGAGGAUCAUCAACCCCUUCAGUGGUGCUGCCUUCUCUGCUUAGUAAAAGAGCCAAGCUUCAAGAAGAGCUUCGAAACAUCGAAAGACAAGUGUAUGAUAUGGAGACAAGUUAUUUACAGGAUCCAAGCCAAUGUGGCAACGUUUUGAAAGGUUUUGAGGGGUUCCUCUCUUCAUCUAAGAACACUGCACUCUUGAAGCGGUCCAGGAAGUUCCAGCCUGAAGAUAGGCUAUUCUCAUUAUCUUCGGUCACUUCACCUGCAGCUGAAGAGAUUGCAGCUGGUCGAGAUGCAGAUGGGAAAUCAGAUUAUGGUCCUGGUCGGCCCAAGGGUGGAGGUUAUUUUGCUAAUGGACAAGGAAAACCAAAGAAGGGAAGAGCUAGAGAGGCGAAGAGAAUGAGACAUUCUAGUGAACCAGAUUUUGACUAUGAUGAUGAUCCUGAUGUGACAUUGUGAAGCCACUUGUAUCUAAUGAAAUAGUUCUUGGCCUUCCUACGAGCUUUACUGUCUGCUCUUAGAUUGUUUUUGUCUCAAAACAACUGGUGAUGGAAGAGGUUAUAUACAGGAUUUUGUACUGUACCAAACAAAAAAUGGUUUAUCAUAUCUCAUAUAUGCUAAAACUGAAUCAGGAGUACCUAUGGUCAAAAUGUUCAAUGGCAGUGUACAUGAACCUUUACAGUUGAAGCUUCUGGGCAAGUUCAGGCAACAAGUUUUCUCUUUUUGAUAUUAAUCAGCAUAUUUAGCAAAGAUUCUAGUAUUUUCUUUGGAUUUAUACAUCAUUUUUUACCUUUUUUUUUU